UGCUAACACUGUAGAGGUUGUGCAUGCGCGCACAAGCACAGAGCUAUCAGAGCGGAUACAUUUGCGAUGUCACGAGUAUUUUCAAGUUUCGUGCGGCGCUUGCAGGUCUUUAGGCAUUUAUCAAAUGAAGCGCUUAAAACAAGUGGCGAGAAGAGUUUGUCCUGCAUUCUUCAAAAGAAAUUUCCAGAGGCGGAAGACAUCCAAGUGAAAGAUAUUUCAGGUGGCUGUGGUGCAAUGUACGAAGUAUAUGUCCAGUCGACCGUUUUUAAGAAUCUUUCAAGGGUACAGCAACAUAGGUUGGUAAACGAGGCAUUGAAAACAGAGAUACAAGACAUGCAUGGGAUCAGAAUAACUACAGCACUUCCCAGCAAAGGAUAGAUACGACAGUUUUUUAAAUUGUUUGUUAUGCGUAAUUUGUUUGAUUAAAUACCGUAAAAAUUGAAUUGUGUACAGCGAGACCUUGCAUUUUGAUAAAAUAAAUAGUUUGUUCAUCUGUGCCUGUAAA